AUGCCUUACGAACAAAUUAUGCUUGUCUUUGGACGAGCCAUAUCAUCUUUCACGCGGAAGCUGCACCGAUCCAGACUGGAGGAGUGGGAAUUGCCCUACAAUAUGUAUGAAUCCAUACUAAACUCCCUGUUAACAGAGGAUGCUCAACAAAGUUCUGGCGCCGCUGUUGUUCCGUUGAAUACCACCGGCCCAGAUCCUACAUUUUGUUGUAAUUCCUUGUUCACCAAUAAAACAUCCGGAGACCUGAUAUGUGGUUACGUUAAAGGUUUACCACAAACACCUUUUACGGUCGCUAAUGGUACUGCCAUCCCUGGUGUUGCGGCUCUGUCGGACUUGGUGAAGGGAUCCAACGAUACUUCUUCUACGGUGGCAAAUGAUACCAGCACCUCUAGAACUGGUUCAUCUAUAACGAGCAAUAAUUCCAAUGACGUGGCGAUAGGAGCAGGAGUUGGCGUCCCCCUUGGGGUAGUUGCUCUUCUCUCUAUUGGCUGGGCCCUUUGGGAAAGGAGAAAGAGAAAGCGUGCGUCUCUUCUGGCCCAACCAGUCCACAUGGAUCCACUUCAUCCAUACCAACCUGUUACCAAUGACCGCAAUUUUGGGGUGAGCGAGCUGGGUGCAUAUACAGCCAAACCAGCCGAGCUCAACCAGAACCAGCUUCGAGGCUAG